CACAUAACAUGAACCGGCGAUUUGAAACUCUAUAUGUUCCAGUGCAUUCGUAUUGAUAAUGUAGACUCGUUUCUUUAUGUAUAAUGUAAAGACUUUAUUUGUUCGGUGCACGAAGAUCACUCAUUUUAAAUGAUUUCUAUCUUUGUUAAUGUUCAAAUAUCCAGGUUGUAAAAUAUUUAAAUUGUGCCUAUUGAUUUGUGUAACGAUUAACCUAUAUUGAUAAUUCAAGGUGCUUAACAUUUUUAAAACUUAAAAUAUAAAUAAUUGUGUAAUACCCGAGCUAGGACUCAUUGCUUGCAACAUAGACCAAAAAGCCGAAUAUCCGAAACGUUACUGUUUGAUAUUUUAAUAAGGAAAGGCACUUAACACAAGAUGGCGGAUUCUGAAGGCGCUAAAGACGGCCUUGAAGAAAAAGCGAAGGAGCCACAAGCAGAUUCGGCCGAUGUAUCUGAGAAUUUAAGAAUGAAGUUAACGACAAUGAAUAACGAACUUCAAGAUACUUUAAAAAUAGUCGACAGCUACAAAGAAGACAAACGUAUUGCGAUCAAUACUAAAAAUGAACUUGAUGAAACAAAGAAAAAGAUCUCGGUCCUUCAGACACGACUUUCGGAGUCAGAGUCUAACUGUAGACGUUAUCGAAAUGAAAGAAACAAUUUAAGACAAGAUAUCGCAAAACUCAUUCAGGAAAGGAAACAAAUGAUAUCCUACGAAGAAGACGUACAACAUCUAAAACGAGAAAUUGAAAUGCAGAAAAAUAGGUACGAUCGCAAUGGUAGAGAGUGGAAAAAUAAGCAGACAGAGAUGGAAAAUAGAUAUGACGAAAUCAUCAAUGAACAAAAACAGAAAAUUGUGUCUGCUGAACAGGAAGUACAACGACUAACGAAAGAGCUGGACAUGCAGAAAAAUGCCCAUGAGCAAGACAAAUGUAUAUCGGAAAGCAAACAAAAGGAAUCCGAAGAAACAAAUCAAGGUGAUGAUAAACAAGACAAUAAUGAAGUUGAGCAGAAUGAAGAUGUCCUAGAGGGACGAAACGGGAAGAUCAAAAGGAAUAAGCUAAAGGGUAUUUCAGAAACGAGCAAAUAUGGUUACAUAGGAAAAAGUGAUCUUAAUGAAAGUUUCGAAGAGGGUAAUAAACACUUUAGUGAUGACAACAAUGACGGACCGAAAUCUGAGGUAACUAAUCAAGGUACAGGAGAACAACAGAAAAAUAAACCCGAGCAGAUUGAGGAAGUCAUAGAGAAGCGAGACGUCAAAAUCAUUACUCAUGAGAAUGUCACUGAAGACAGAAAAUAUGAUGAUAUAGAUGGAAAAGAAGUAACAGAAAGGUUUGAAGGCAGUACAACACAGAUAAAUGAUGAAAAUACUGGCAAACCCGAAUCUGAGUUUGUAUCAGAAGAACCCCAGACGACAUUUGAAGACUCAGAAACAAUAAAAAGAACCAAAGAGAAAGACAAGAUAAACGAUGCUAGUACUGAUACCACAGAUCCGUGCGAUACAGUUUUACCGAAAGACUUGGGGUUACGAUAUGAACAGCUGUAUAAAACUCAGUGGGCCGAUGCUUUUGAAAACAUCAGACAACAUUUUAACAGCGAGGAAGAAACGAUCGAGGCUCUUUUAGAGAUACUUGAGGAUAUAAUGAACUUCUGCAAAAGCAAAGCACGAGAACAAAUCGAUGAUCUUUACAGAGUACUGACAUUUUCAGCUGAUCAAGAUGGUCAUUAA